GAGAGUGAAAUAAUGAAUUAUACACUUGUUUCGAUGCGAAAAAAUAUUUACACAACCAUUGCAUAUUUGCAUGCAUAGAUAUUUCUCAAGCCAGUGUAAUAUUCGUUACUAAAAUUGUAUUUGUUGUAUACGAACUGAACGACCUUGGAACUAAUUUUUGGAUGCUCUUAAUGUUGAUGUUCAUCAAUUCGACUUCAUGGAGGAAGGCAGCUUUUAUAACAACUUGAAUUUUAUUACAUUAUAUUUAUUUUCCAUUAAGUUGGAAGAACUAAACGAAACGAAACAAGCUGAUAAAAAUUGGCACUGGACUUCCAUUCACAAAGUCAUGAAACAUGUGAGAAUUCUAUGGGAAAAUUCUUUAUGUCUGCACAAAGCUAAGUGGAGAAACACUGUGUGGACAGAUUCCCAUUUGUUUCUCAACAAUCAUGUAAAUGCAUUUCUAAUGUAGAAUGUCUGCUGGUGGAUAUCAGACUGUUUCACUCUCAACUUCCACCAUCCCUGUAACAUCAUCAAACCAUCUGGAGAGCACUAGUUCUGAUCCAGAUAAUCUUCCUGCUCAAGAAACACCAGCAGCUCAGUUAGAAUCCCAAAUGCUUCUCAAGAGAGAAAAUUCACCAGAAGCAGCCGUAGGCAGCCCUGGCUUUGUUGUAGAUCACUCCCAUAGCCAGUCACAAACUACAGCGCCACAUAGUAUUGAUGCAGACUACAACUCAAAUUCUUUUAAUUUUUCAUAUGAUGGGAGCUUCUCAUUGUCACCACAGCAAAGCGUGGAUAUGAAGGAUCUCGAAAAGACUGAUGCUGCAAGUGUUAUACUGUCUAGCCAACCACUGAGUAAUUCCUCUUUAUCAGCAGGGUCGAAUGCCAGUCCAAAGUCUUUCAUGGCCCUCAGCAUAAAUGAAACAAAAAGUGAUAAAAUGAUCUCUGGGUUUGAUGGUAGAGUAGAUGGACUCUCACCAUUAUCAGUGAUAGCUGUUUCUGCUUACCAAGAUGUUGGUCAUCCUAGUCCUAAUGUACCAAGCAGCAUUCUUCCAAGAACUCAUGUGCUAAGGUACCAUCCCGGUAGUGACACAAUGCUGAGUGCUUUAAACUAUAAUGAGAGUGACAUGCUUCAAGAAGGAGGAUUUGAUGUACCCUCCUCGCAUGCCUUUAGCACCCUAGAUGGGUUGUUGGGUUCUGCUAGUGCACCUGGCAUGCGAUUACCAGAUUUACUUGAUGGAGACAUGAACCAGGAGGCUUAUAUUGAAGCUGGGCAAGAACUACAAUUGUCACCUCAAGCUUUUCCUAACAGUGGUGAUACAUUCCCUGUAAGGGAAAGUUCUCCAUUGACUGGGUUGAAUGAUUCACAUGUUAAAGCUGACAUCAAAAGCAAAGCCAGUGAGAAUACAAAUACUCUAGUGGUUGAUAAAUUAAAAGUAAAAGGUGCUCGACCUGUCAAGGCUACAUCACCGAAUCGCCCUGGCACCCAGCCAUGUCCUACUUGUGGUAAAGUGUUCAGUAAUUCUAGUGCUCUCACAAAACAUAAAUUGACUCAUAGUGAUGAGAGGAAGUAUGUGUGCCAAUUAUGUGCCAAAGCUUUCAAAAGGCAAGAUCAUCUGAAUGGUCACAUGCUUACACAUAGAAAUAAGAAACCAUUUGAAUGUGAUGCCGAAGGUUGUGGGAAAAGUUACUGUGAUGCAAGAUCUUUGAGGAGGCAUAAAGAAAACCAUCAUUCCAAUACAUCAUCAAAUAACUUAUCUGCAUCUUUGAGUAGCCAAGUGUCUGUGAUACCAGGUUUAGCACACUUAGGCUUCAACUCUCUUCAAACGUCUUUUCCUGCAAGUGUUAUCACCAGCAGUUCUGGACCUGCUUUUACAGAAUCCUCUUUGGCUAACAGAAUACAGUACGCACCUCCUCCAACUACAACAUCUCUCUCAGGUCGUGCCUCAUCUGCCAAUACUGAGAAUUUAUCUCGGACAGUUAGCAGUUCUGUUGUUAGUUCUGUGAUACCAACAGCUGCAUCACACCUUCAAUUUCUUACAUUCCAACAACAGCCUUCUAGUAAAGGACAACAGCAAGUAGCAUCAUCAUCACCAAAGAAUAUUACUCGAUCUGAUAGUAAUACUGUUCUCACUUCAUGGCAACCCCAGACAAUCAAUACUGGUGCUCUGCUCCUCGCACAAAACUUUGGAGCUUCACAAUCCAUUGGUCAGACACAAUCUACACAGCUGCUAGCUAGGAGCUUUGAAACAUCUAAUACAGAACAAGGGAAUUCAUCAGGUUCGGAGCUUUCUCAAUCACAGUUAGGAAACACAAAGCAGGAGAAAUCGGAUAUAUUAUCUCAGGACACUAGAGAUCAAAAUCGUUUAGAACAACCUGUUUUAUCAGAAACCUGCUUUGAAGUUGUAAAUUCAUCAUCAGGAGCAAAACAAAUUGUUGCCCUUACUCCUCAAGGAUCAGUGAAUUUGCAGUUUGACUCGGGCUCCGGUACAGUGGUUCGACUUCAAGAGCAUGCUGCUGAUUCCCUCUAUUCUCGUUCGUCGAUGCAAAUUGUAAAAAUUGAGACGUCUGAUCAAAGUAGUACUGCCUCUUCAGUUCCAACCACUCCAACUUCCAAGGAAUCAAACAACUGUACUCAGCUUGGAAGUCCUUUGUUACAACAGUUGCUUAACCAGCAGCAAAAUGCAGAAGUUAGUACUGCAGGCAUUGUAAAUUCUCGUUCUGAACAAUCAUAUCUGCCCUCAAUGCAAGAACAGCAGAAACAGUCAUCUGCACAACAGUCAUCAGUUUUAAUAUCACCAUGGUCCCAGGUGCCAUAUGCAGUGCCUAAUUCGGCAUCAACAUCUCGCUACAACAGCCAAGAUCCAAAGCCAGUUGAGUGCAGUUUGUGCCAAAGAAAAUUUAAAAACAUUCCUGCUUUAAAUGGUCAUAUGAGACUUCAUGGUGGUUACUUUAAGAAGGAAAAUGAAGCAAAAAAGGGAGAAAAGAAGGGAAAUGGUUCUUCCCAUCAUCCUCCAUUACAAACUGCAAGUACAAAUGUUAGGGCACUAAUUGAAGAGAAGAUUAACCAAAAACGGAAUUUCUUGCCACAAACUACUGUUCAGAACACUGCUCUUGAUAGUAGUCAAACUCAAGGUCAAGCAUUUAGUUUUCAAUCAAGUCAGUUGCAACAAAAUCAGCAGCAAAACUCUAAUUAUAUCUCACAAGCUUCACCAAUUCUUAGUCCAGUUUCUCAGGAAAGUUCAGUUUUUAAUAAUUUUCCAACCACUAGUCAACCCUCUGAUCUCGAUACUCUUACAAGUAACAAUUAUGAUGAGCAGACAUGUGAUAUACUAAAAAAAUUAGAUCUUAAGGAACAAUUUCGUGUACCUCAUCCACCUGUUGAGAAGCAUCGACGACAUUCUGAUUCUGAUCAUUUUAUUCUUCCUAAGCGUCCUUGCACAACUUUCACAAACAGUGCCCUGGCAGAUUUAUUGCGGAACAGAGUUGUUGCCAAACGCACAUGUCGAACGGGUUCUGACCCUGGGGAGCCUUUAAAUAUUGAUACCCCUACACUUUCUGACAUCUCUGAUUCUCUAACAUCUGUCUCUGUGAAUGAUCUUCCAAAAUUUUCAUCUUUGGUCCCGUCAUCACUCAGCAGUGCUAUGGAGGAUGCUGCAACAGAACUGCACCAGCAUAAUCUUACUGCCCUAACCCCUGAAGAUUCUGCUUUACCUGUUUUGUCUGCAGAAGAUAUACCAGAAGCGCAGCCAAUGAUUAUGGGAAUGCGAGAUAUUCCAGAACUAGACACUCAGUGCUUGGAGAGGAAUGUCUUUUUUGAUGGAUCCAACAAUGAUCUGAGUGUUGGUCAAACCUUUCCUGAGAUUACUGUUAGCGAGCUAGAGAUGAUGCAGUUUGCUUCAGUUGUAACAUCCUCUGCAACAAUCAGCAAUGAUAUAAAGCCUGUGAAUGGUGGGAAAGUGCGUGCUGGUGAGGACAGUAAUGAUGAUGAUGUCUUUUUAAGCCCGACGAGUCUUCCAACCAGUCCCAUGAAAUUGAAAAAGAAGCGGAGACCAGAGCCACUAUAUAUUCCACCCUACGUCAACACCUGUGGUUUUACUAGCAGACUCAGAUCUCCUCGCUUAUGGGAUCCUUCAAAUCCUGACCAUAAAAAAUUAAGUCCUCCACCUUAUACACCCCCACCAAUGUUAAGCCCAGUUCGCAGUGGGUCUGGCCUGUUUUGGCACAUAAUCAGUGGGUCUGGAAGUUUGACUCCAAAAUCAGCACCUAUAACACCAAGUUUUGGAUUGGUUCGUAAAGCUAGUACAGGUGAAAGUACUCCAGAGGUAGAAGAAGAAUUAGUGGAAGCACCUGAAUCUGAUAUUCUCCCACAUGUAAACAUUGGUUCCAACUACCAAGCCAAAAUACCUCCUUUCAAUCGUAAGUUUCUGAGAUGUUUCAAAUUGUCAUUUAAUUAUAUUAAAAAUUUCAUACUACUUUGUAUUAGCCUGAAUUAAACAUAUUAGAAAUAUAUAGUAUUUACC